AUGAACCGAGUUUCAUGCAGCUCCAGUGAGGAAGAGAUCAUCAAAAGAAGCAGAAAAAUAAAAGUGAAGGAGGAAUCUGAGAGCAGCCUGGUUGAGGGCGGUGACUACGAAUACGACCAAAUUGAUCCACUCUUCUACGAGAUAUUUGGGGCUGGAAACGAGUACAACUACAUUUACGAGAAGGAGGAGACAGAGAAAGAAGAAACAGAGAAAGAGAAGGCAGAGGAGUUGAUAGUGGAUGAGUUCGAGUGCUGCGAAUACGUCAGAAAGUACAUUGAGAAUGCAGACAGAAAUGCAGUAGCCUGUCUGCUACGAGGAGAAGCACUUGAAUUCGUCUGCUUCCACAUGGAUGCAUGUACAAUCACAGAUGGCCUGAAUAUCCUACGAUUUGUGAAUGAAUACAAGGAGUAUUGCAGAAUGAGAAGAGAAGAACGAUUCAAGAAUGCAUCGCAAUACGACACAUCCAGGGCACUAAAAAUGUACAACAAGAAAAUAGAAGACAUUGACAUCAAUGGCCUGUUGAAAGUGUCCCAUUUUAUAGAAAACAUGCGAGUAUCAGAGAGACUGUACGAACCAGAGGGAAACCUGGCUGAAAGCUUCUACAAGUCAAACGAGUACACUGAUGCAGCAAACCAGCUUGGAAACCACCCUGUUUUCGUAGAACAUGUGCAUAGAUUCUAUGAAAAGGCUCUAUUGGACUAUGUGACAGCUCAUGGCAACGAAAAGAGCAUUGAACGAAUCAAAGAGGGCGUAUUGUGUGAUAUCAGGGACAUUCAUCUUCCUAUGCUGGAGAAGCUGUACAUGUCAGACACGGAUGAAGUUGGAAAUGGAAUCAGGCGGAAACUGUUCAGGGCUGCCUACGAUAAAAUCAACAUGGACUACUUCAACACGGUCUUCAGAAAUCUACAGAAAACUGGGCAAAUUUACUCCAAAAAUGGAAUAGAGGAACUAACCAACAUGUUGAUCUCACUGAAGGGGAGACCUGGAGAGUAUUACGGCCUCUAUUGCGACAGAUCGACUGUCUACAUCGUGAAAGUGGAUGAAUUCAGCAACAUCGUGGAUAAGAGGGUCUUCAAGUCGCAGGCCCAGCGAGCUGAAAUCUGCAACUACCUGGAAACAGCCUCAAACGUGGUGGUUGCGUCGAAUACCACGAAUGUCAGGUGGAUUGUCGAGGCAAUCAGAUGCCCAUGCUACUACCUGCCCAAGUCAUUCUCCUACUUCAAGGAAAACAAGGAGUUCUCAAUCCCCUACAACAUCGCAUGUGCUGUUCAGAAUCCAUCACUUUAUUUCUCACGAUGCAUAAAUGAGGGUGUUAAGGUUGAAUUGGCCAACUCAUUCGUAGAGACCGAUGUGCUGAGACAGGCCAUCACAGUCUCCACUGCCACUGACAAGUUGGACUUCAAGGGCACCCUCGACUCCCCAUUUGGAUACACGUUCUUCAAGUUGAUUGGCGUCUCCCUGGUUGGAAUCGAAUUCGACUUCAAGAAAAUCAGGGAGCUUAGAAACCUGGAAAUCGACUCAUUCACCCCUGAAGAAGUCAACCGAAUAUUCACGUUCUUCAAAGUCACUGACUCCCCCAACAAACUGGACCACUACAACAUCCACCCCAGAAACUACUCGCUAUUCAACGUGAUAUCGUCCUGUCUGGCUGAUAUCCGCGGAAACAAGCAGAAUCAGGAGGAGAUGAUCGACUACAUGCUCAACAACCUGAACGAGGUCUACAGCCUCGACUUCCUGAACGUGAACUAUCCAAGCACAUACAUUCAUCCAAUGAGUGGAAUGGGAAUGCUGGUCAAAAGAGACCACUAUUUUGGAGGAGUCAAUGACAAAAUGGUCUUCGAAGACAUCAUCCCCCAGAAUAUCGUGGAUAGGCCCAGUACUGAAAUUGGGGUACUGGGAGAGAGCACUGGUGUGGUAUUGAUCAAGAAUGACGACUGGUGCAUAGUGGAUGUCCAUGGCGUAAGGGUGUUUGUAGGGAGAUGCGAUCCAGUUGAGGUGAAUCAGAUCGUAACAGUCUGCCUCACUGAGCCAACCUACUCGCAGCUGACGUAUCGCGGUGAGCUGGUUCCAAACCAGGCCAAGGAGGUCGAAUUCAAGAAGCAUCGCCUGUUUGUGGACUAUCCAAACAACGAAAUGCCCAUUUUCAUCAGACAGUCGAGGAGUAGCGAAUACUUCUGUAACGUGGCACUGAGGGUGGAAAGAGGCCUCUACUUCCAGUACAGGAUGGAAGAGGUGGAACGAAACAACGAGAUAUUCUACGUGAUGAAGAGACCAGAAAAAGAGUACACUUUUGACAACCUGGACGUGUUCAUUGAGGGCUACCUGAAACCAAUGAACAGGUACGUUCACAAACUGACCACUUUCAAGUACUUCAAGACGAGUCAGGCGGAGGCAGAGGAGUACGUUGAGGCUGCUGGUGACAGAUACAGGAGAUACGCGUGCUAUUUUGACAGAGAGAGUCCAGGACACGUCACGAUGCUAUUUGCUGAAUUCAGACUCACCCUAAGGGUUGAACUGAAUUUCAUGGUCUACAAAAAGAUUCUAUUUGGGUCAUUGGAGGAGUUCAGCAACUACUGCAAGAAGAUGCAUCCCAAGUUGUGA